GCGGCUCUCGCUUCCUCCCCUCCGUCUCCGAUGGCUCUCGUCGCCGGCUCCUACGAGCGCUUCAUCUGGGGCUUCUCCCUCAAGCCCAUCACCGCCACAGCCCCCUCCUCCGACGGAACCCUAGCCCUCGCCCCGCUCUUCUCCUACCCGGCCCACGCGGGCCCCAUCCGCUGCGUGGCGGCCGCGCCGCGCGCGGGGCUGGCGGCCUCGGGCGGCGCCGACGACUCCGUCCGCCUCUACGACCUGCCCACCGCCGCCGACCUCGGCCCGCUCCUCGACCCCUGCGCCGCCGUCUCCGCGCUCGCCUUCCACUCCAUCGGGCCCGUGCCCCGCAACCUCCUCGCCGCCUCCGACGACGGCCUGCUCCACCUCUACGACGCCGACGGCUUCGCGCUCCUCAGCUCGCUCCGCGUCUUCCCGCGGGGCCGCGAGGCCGCCGACGCCGUCGCCGUGCACCCCUCCGGCCGCGUCGCGCUCGCCGUUGGCCGCGCGGGGGGUCUCGCCAUGCUCAACCUGCUCCGCGGCCGCCGCAGCUUCGCCUGCCGCCUCGAGCGCCCCGCGUCGGCCGUGGCUUAUGCGGAGGACGCCGCCGGCGGGGACCGAUUCGUGAUGGCCGCCGAGGAGAAGGUCACCGUGCAUGACUCCGAGGACGCCAGGAUCAUUCAUGAGAUGCGCUGCGACAAGAGGGUGCUCGCCUUCGCCCCAGCCAAGAAUGGAGUACUUUACACUGGAGGCGAGGAUCGUGGUAUUACUGCUUGGGAUCUGUCCAGCGGCAAGGUUUCAUCGCGCAUUGAGGGCGCUCAUUCAACUCGUGUAAAAGGGAUUGUUGUUUUCGAUAACCGGAAUGACGGGUCUGAAGUGAGCACUCUAGUUGCUUCGGCUUCAUCCGAUGGCGUCAUAAGGAUCUGGGAUGCCCGGAUGAUUGGAAAUGAGAAGCCUACUCCAGUAGCAGAGGUCAACACAAAAGCAAGGAUAACAUGUCUUGCUGGGUCAUCAUUGAAAUACAUGGGGAUUUGGGAGAAGGUUGCCACGCUUGCGGCGGCGCCAACCCUGGACCCCGCCAACUGGGAGGUGCACCCAAGGGUCGUGGACUGGAUGUGCAGCCUGGCCGCGGGGCUGCCAAACGCUGAAGCCUCCCGGGUGCGGUCAUGUGCUAUGCUUGUCCUCUGGCACAUUUGGCUAGAGCGUAACGCCCGUACCUUCCGUGCGUUCACCUCGACGGUGGUGUCUUUGCUCGCCAAGAUUGCUGACGAGGCCGCGACUUGGGACCUAGCGGGCGCGAAGAUCUCCACACCUCGCCGAGUAGUUGUCUAG